AUGUUCUCAAUAAGGAGAAGCGAUCGUGGGAUUGCCGGGGACAGUCUGGUCACCGGACCGACACUCUUUGUGAUCACCGCCUUCAUCUCUCUGGCUCUCUACAAUGUUCUGGAGUUGAUCAUCAUUAUAUUCACGAAGUUCAAGAAGCGCAGAGGCUUGUACUUCUGGUCGAUGCUCGUGGCGACGAUCGGAAUAUCCUUUAACGCAGUCGGCUACCUGCUCAAGUUUCUGCACCCUAAUGUUGGUCUUGCUUCAAGAUUGACUUACGUCUCGUUGGUCCUGGUUGGGUGGUCAAGCAUGAUCACAGGGCAAAGCGUCGUCCUCUACUCCCGGCUGCACCUAUUGCUGCACAACCAACGCAAGCUCCGUUUCAUCUUGGGGAUGAUCAUCUUCGACGCCAUAGUCUGUCACAUUCCGAUAUCCGUUUUGUUCUACAGCGUCAGCUCGGAAAAUGGCGCGCCUUUCGUCAUGCCAUACUCGAUAUAUGAAAAGGUUCAAUUGUCGGUGUUCUUCGUCCAAGAAUGUAUCAUCUCCUUCGUCUACAUCCAGGAGUCCUGGAAGUUCCUUCAGGCGCGGCACCUCGGAUUCGAGUCGAGCAACAAAAACAUCGACGGAAGAAAAAUCAUGUACUGGCUCAUCUUUAUCAACGUUAUUAUCAUGACGCUUGAUAUUUCCAUCCUGGUGCUCGAGUUCUCUGGGUUUUACGACCUGCAGACAAGCUGGAAGGCUCUCGUGUAUAGCGUCAAGCUCAAGCUGGAGUUCAGCAUCCUGAACAAACUCAUCGAGGUCGUCAAAGCGAGGAAUCCUGAUCUGUUCGACAGCGAGGGUAUUAGGAUGACAUUGAUCAAUGGGGGGAAGCGGCCGAUUAACAAGAGCAGCAGUGGCGGCAAAAGUCUGGCCAGUGAAAGUGCAGCACAAGCUUCGGAACAGCGGGGGACAAUUGCGGGAGCAGAGGAAGAAAGUAUACCAGGAAAGAAUGCUAUAGGCGGCAUCGCUUCCGUCGUGUCAGUCAGCCAAGACAAGCGACACAUUGAGAAAGACGUUAAUUCCAGCCGUUGGCCAGGCUCCUACGGAAAAGGGGUGCCGCUUUAUUAG